AUGAAUUAUACAACUCUAUUAUUGCUAAUCACAACCCUAAUUAUUCAAUCAUAUGCUCAAUCACCUCCAUGCAAAAACUAUAAAUUUAAACAAAACUUACCAAAUCCCUUUAAAACUUGUAUUGAUCUCCCACAAUUAGGAUCAUCCCUACAUUACACCUACAACCCUACCAAUGCAACCCUUAAAAUCGCCUACCGACACCCGGGCUACAGCCCGGGUGUCUCAAAAUGGGUUGCAUGGGCUAUAAACCCGACCGCAAAAGGAAUGGUCGGAUCACAAACUUUAGUUGGUCAACGAAACCCGAAAGACGGGUCCAUCAUGGCCUAUACAUCCCCUAUUAAGGGCUAUGGAACAAGACUUGAGAAAGAAGAGUUGAGUUUUGAGGUAGUAGGAUUGAAGGCAGAACUUAUUAAUGAAGAGAUGAUAAUCUUUGCAAAUAUUAAGAUUCCUGAUAAUAAAACAGUGAUUAAUCAAGUUUGGAAUGAAGGUAGACUUUCUGAUGUUGGAAAUCCUAAAAUGCAUUUUGCUACAAAUAUUUAUUCAAUGGCUUCUCUUGAUGUUCUCUCUGGUGUUCUUGAUCACAAUGCUGGUUCUGGUUCUAAAGGCUUUGAUGCUUCAACCUUGAGAUGGGUCGGUUCAAAAUUGAAAUAUAAAUACAAUUUUAAAGUCGGGUUAAAUCAGAUCCACGGAACAAUAAAUGGAGUAAGUUGGGGAAUAUUGAUACCUCUGGGAAUGAUGAUAGCAAAACAUGUCAAAGUAAUAUUCCCAUCAGCAGAACCAGCCUGGUUUUACCUCCAUGUAGGGUGUCAACUCUCGGCCUAUCUUCUCGGUACCGUUGGCUUUAUAACCGGUCUCAAACUCACUAGUGGCGCACACCAUGUUCACCACCCUAACCACAGGUAUCUUGGCAUUGCCGUCUUCUGUAUGGCCACGCUUCAGAUGUCAGCACUUGUGUACAGGCCAAAACAAGAUGAUGCAAACAGAAAAAACUGGAACAUAUUCCACUAUUUGAAUGGGCAUAUCGUAGCAAUUAUGGGCCUUGUCAACAUAUUCAGAGGGUUGAAGCUUAUCUAUAUUGAUCAUGACACUUGGGGUAUUAAUUUUAUUAUUUAUCUUAUCAUAAUCGCGGCUAUAAAUAUUGGAGUACAUAUACUUUCAGAGGCCGUCGAAAAGACUCGGUUGGAUAAAAAUUUAAAAGGGAAAGGAAAGAAGAUAGAACGAGAAGGAGAUGAUUAUGGGAAAUCCCCUUAUUUUUUUGGAAGGCUAGAAGGAAUAGAAAAGGUGGGAAUAAUGGCCGGAUAUCAUUUUUCUUCCAGAUCUUUUCAAGUUAAGAAAGAUUUGAUUAUUAACAAAACUGAGCGAGUUAAUCCUUUUAAAUCCCACUUUUCUGAAUUCCUCCUCCAAAAUAGAUCUAACAUACAAAAUUAA